AUGUCCACCAACCGGCCAUUCCUGGCCAACUUCCUGGCCGCCUUCCGCGCCCCGGCCUACAAGGCCUCGUCGCAGACGUCGUCUUCGCUCGGCUCGGCUCAGAUCACGCAGAGCGCCCACAUCGUCUUCAUCAUCAUCACCUUCAUCAGCGACAGCGACGGCAAAUCAUCAGACCCAGUCCUCGGCAAACCACCACCACCACCACUACCAUCACCACCAUCAUCACCACACCUCAACCGAAUCAUCCGCUCUCGCCACCUCAACCUCCCAACCACCACCAACCUCAUCCUCCUCUGCAACCCCCAUCCCCAUAUCCCGCCCCCCGGCGCUGACCGCCAGCGCCGCGGCAGCGACUCCUCCAGCGGCUCCGGCGGCUUCCGCGAUGCUCUCGGUCCGGAGAAGUGGUAUAUCGGUGGAAGGACCCCGGCGGGCGAGGAGCGGUUUUAUCGUCUGGGGAUGGUCACCAAGGGUGGGGGGAGGCUUGGGGGGAGUGGGAGGGUUGGGAGUAUUGAUCAGUUGAGUCUGUGA